UCUCUUCUCUUCAGCUUCACUUCAUUGAAUCAUCUGCUGCAUCUGUCACCAUGAGGACCCUGGCUGCUCUUCUGGCUCUAGUGCUGGUCAUCUCAGUUAGUGCUCAGUAUAGCCCAACAACACACGACUGCUGUGAUAAAUUCUCACCUCAACCGAUUCCUAUUGCCAUGGUGGUGUCUUCCUUCAAGACCAGCAGCAGCUGCUACCUGAGAGCUCUUGUGAUUGAAACAAAGAAAGGCAGGAAACUCUGUGUGGACCCUGAGGUGCCCUGGGUAAAAAGGCUUCUCCGCAUGUUGAACCACAAGCAAGCUAGAACCACUGUGAUGCCUACCUCAUCCUCGACUGUCAAUCAAGUGUCAACUUUCAAUCAAACAUCAGCAAGUCCUACUGGGUCUUAUGCUUUUUAGAUGAAAGUGAUCUACCAUUAACUUAUAAGCUAUUUAAGUCUACAUCAUUGUGUAUCACUUUUAAU